GGAAAACCCGUCAAAUCGGAUAUCCACCCGAACCCGAACUGGUCAACGCGGGUAAAAACCGCAUUGACUGGGUUUGGGUCGGGCACGGGUAAAACCCGAACUUGUAAUUGGCGGGCACGGGUAGGGUUUGGAUAUUAUGAUAUCCGCUCCGAACCCGCCCGGUAUACCAAAGCUACCCAUCCGCCAUCCCCGACCCUUCGUCACCAGACACAGCCCCCUCAUCCCUCAAUUUCGUUUUUCCCCAGCUCCCAAGCCCCAAUCAGCGACCGCAUUCUGCAUUCAUUCUGAAUUCCGAUUCUCAAUCUCUCGACUCUCUCGUAUCGUCUCUUCGUCUUCUCCAGGGCGCCAAUCAAUGACGACCAAUCCUCCUCUUCCCUCAACCCUCUCUUCUCCAUUAAAUUCUUUCUUCUCAAGGACUCCAUUCUUGUCACUUUGGCAACCAGCGACAGACCAAGCAAUCAACCAAUCACACCCCCUGCUCGCAAGACAGAACCUCUGUUACAGUGGGGGUUGAACGGCGUCGGCGACUCUCUUCCAUGCUGGAGCUGGACAAGACAGCUGGAAAUCUAGAAUACUGCUUUGUAUUGCCCUGUGAAGAAGACGCAAGGAAGUAAAAGAUGGCUCAAGAGGUUGCUGCUACUAAUGCACAAGCACAAAAUCAGCAGGCUGCUGCUACUAAUGCACAAGCACAAAAUCAGCAGGCUGCUGCUACUAAUGCAGAACCACAAAAUCCAAUACCCACACCUGCUGGUGAUGAUGAAGAAGUUCUUGAGUUGGGAAAUCUCAAGAGUGACGUGUGGAAACACUUCACAAAGAUAAAGAAGGGAGAGCUUAUCAAGGCUAAAUGUAACUAUUGCAAGAAGUUGCUUGCUGGUGAGUCCAAUAACGGUACUUCCUACUUGAGAAAUCAUUUGAGGACAUGUAUGCAAAAAAGGAUUCAAGAUGGGAAGCAAAAGGUACUUGGUACCAACUUUGUCUCUAAGGGAAAAAGAGAAAUGGUUGCCACUCAGUUCAGUCAAGCUGUUUCUAAGCAAGAUCUUGCUGUUGCAAUUGUUAUGCAUGAAUACUCUUUGUCGAUUGUGGACCAUUUAUACUUUAGGAAAUUUUUGUCUGGCCUCCAGCCCUUGUUUAGUGUUCCUACUAGGAAUACUAUCAAAACUGAAAUUCUUAAGAUAUUUGAGAGUGAAAGGAGCAGACUCAUGAAAAUGGUGGGUAGUAACAAGGGCAGGGUUGCCAUAACGACUGAUAUGUGGACAGCAAGCAACCAGAAAAAGGGUUACAUGGCUAUUACGGCUCAUUACGUGGACAAUUCUUGGAUUCUUCGAAAUCACAUCCUUAGGUUUGCUUAUGUUCCAACUCCGCAUACAAGUGGUAGGCUGGCUAAAGUUUUGCUAGACUGUAUGAUGGAUUGGAAUGUCGAUUCUAAGGAGCUGACUCUGGAUCUUUGGAUGAGCUUUGUGCAUUGCUCAAUGAUGGGCAGCAUGAAGAUGACGUGGAAGAUCAACAACUGCGGAGUGACAAAUAUGCAUUUAACUUGCUUGAAGAUUGAUGAAUGAUUGAUUUUUGGUGCUGUACUGUGUUUGUAUUCUGCUGGAGUAGGCUGCUGGAGUCUUCUGAGUUAUUUUUGGAAAUCUGUUGGGAUUUUGUUAUUAUUUUGUUGCUGGACCUAUCUGCUGGAAAUCUGCAUGUAUGCUGGAAUUUUGCUGCUGCAAGCUGCUGGGAUCAUCUGGAAUCGUCUGGGAUUUACUGGAGUUUUGCAUGAAUUUUCUGGAAUUUUGCUGCUAGAAUUUUGCUGCUGGAAGAAGUCUGAUUAUCUGCUGGAAUUUUGUUGCUACAAGCUGCUUGAAUCAACAGGGAUUUACCAGAGUUCUGCUGGGAUUUUCUAGAAUUUUGAUCCUGGAAUUUUGCUGCUGGAAAUCUGAUUAUCUCCAGGAAUUUUGCUGCUGCAAGUUGCUGGAAUCAGCUAGAAACUUUCUGGAAUGUUUCUGGGAUCCUCUGGAUUUUUUUUUUGGAUUUUUAUGUUGGAAUUGUUUCUAGAAUUUCUAAAUUCUGCACUUUGAACUUGGUUUAAAUGUUAAAGUUGGUGUUAUGUUAAUUAUCAUAUUG